GUGUUUUUGUUUCCUGGUAAAGUGGCAACUUUGAUCAGCUGACUAUUCGCGUUUAGAAAAAAUGGAAAGCAACACAGAAAUACAGAAGGUUGUACAUAAGCGUGUUCGAAAGGCUCCCUACAGAAAGUGGACCGACAACGAAAAUGAAAGUUUAAUCAACUUUUUGAGGGACAAUAGCCCACUAGAGAAACCAACGGCCCAACAUUAUUAUAAAAGAUUUUUAAACCGAACUGGCAGCGACUUGCAUUGGACUCUGGUGCGUUGCAAGGUAAAAAACUUAAGAUUGCAGUACACCAAGGCCAAGUCCUGGCAAAAUACAACGGGAAAUGGCACCAUGGAUAAUUGUGACACUACCAAAAACGCGAUUGUAAGGAUGUGUGUCCGGUACGAUGACUUAGAAGACAUUUUUGGCUAUAGGGAGCUCACUUCAAACUGCCUUGUAUUGGAUACCGAGUACAUUGCAUGUACUGGUUCACCAGAAGUUGCCACGUCCUCUGAUAUAAUCGUCGAGGAAAUCGUGGCAUUACCCGAGCCUCUGGUCACCCCUUCUACGUCAAAGGCUGUCCGAAAGGGUAUAUAUUCGCGUACAGCCCUAUCAGACGUUCUCGAUGUACACUCCAGCUUAUUUGAUGCAAAAAAAGACAGAAUCGAGAAGGAAUUAAAGAUGAGGGAAAAUGAAUUAAUGCUAAAAGAGCAACAAUUGUUGUUUGAUAAAGAAAAAUUUGAAAAAUAGUUGGUAGAAAAAAAAGCUGACAGGGAAAUUCAAGUUAUGGAAAUUCAAAUGAGGGAGAGAAUAGCUAUGAAAGAAUUGGAAAUGAAAGAAAGAAUUGAAAUGGAAAAAAUGAAAAUAAUGCAAUAAAAAUGUCGCAGGCCUAAGUAUUUUCUUCCAUAUAGAAAAUAAAUCGCGUUAUAUGAAGAAAACAUGUAUAACACCUUCAUUAGAAAAAUAUUAAACAUCUUUUAUUUCAAUAAAAUUUAAUAGGCUAUUGAACUGCAUACCAAAAAGGCUAAAAAUGUCGACUAAAAAGUUGAAUAUUUCGAUGAAAAUUUGUAAAGUUUAGAUUUCUAUACGAAACUAAUUCAAUUUAAAUAACUGAAGCCUGUGUUGAUAAAAACCUCUUUUGCAAACGAAUAGCAAUGGAGGAAUUAAAAAUUAAAAAAUAAAACUAUACAUAUAUACUACAUAAAAUUA